AUUCGUACAAAUCGCCGCCAAGAUCGAAGAACGCCACGUCAAAACAUGUAUGGAUCGAUUCCUUUGUCGCCGCCAAGUUCCUUGCAACGUGAUGGUGCCGCGAUGUCACCUCAUGUGUCCCAACGACGCCUUCCACGGCCCCUCGCGCUUUUGUGGCUCAUUGUCGGAUGCGUGAGUCUGUGCAGCAUUCUCAUCGGGAUCUCGUACAGUGUCGAGAACGUCGACGCACCGGACGUGAGCAGCAACUACGCUGCUAUGCGUCCACCACAACCACUCCCUCACGGUAUAAGCGACAACGCCCUGGGAUGUUUUCCAGUGCCAUCGAUCCAAGUGUUCGAAUGCCCAGUCCUGACGUCGAUCGCCAUUGCCCAAACUCUCGUGAACCACAGCAUUCCAUUUCCCGGCACCCAAGUGGACUUGUGCUACACAAACACUUCGUUCCACGUUGCGUUCUUCACCCACGACGAGACGAGCUUCUUCACAAACCCAUCGUACGGCCACAACGACAACAUUUGGGAAUACAACGUGUACGAAGCGUUCAUCGCCCUUGGCACUGACGACCCCGUCGAGUACUUUGAGUUCGAAGUGUCGCCCACCAACCAAACGUACUCUGCGUACAUUUUGAACCCUCGCAAGGACUUUAGUCCGCCCGUGGGUCACUUCUACGUGGGCGACAACGCCACUGAAGCGCGGGCCCUCGGCAUCGACGUCGUGACCGAGACUGACCGCGCCAGUAACUCGUGGGUGUCCGUGGCCGAGCUGCCACUGGCACUGUUCGACGUAACAACCCCCCAAGACACGUUGUGGCGCAUGAACUUUAUGCGCAAGGUCACCAACGCCACCACGUUCCCCAUCCAACACUGCGGCGCGUGGAAUGCACCGAACAAGGACAACUUUCACGAAACACCCUGUUUUGGCCGAGUCCACUUUGUUGGGUCUCCACCGUUGACACUAGCCACGUAGGUAAGUGUACCUAGCUAGUUAGCUCUCGCAGAUACUAUUUGCUUAGCAGCUAUUUGUCGAGGUUAACAAUGUGGUAACAUGG